AUGGAAACUUUUUACGAACCUGAGAAAAGGGAGGUCGGAGAGGGAGGGCGGGAGGGGGCCCACGAGCAGAUUCUGGGAGAGGUCGAGGGUGGCGAGAUUCCGGCAGACGGAGAUGGCGGCGGCGGGGAGGGAGGAGUUGAAGUAGUUGUUGGAGAGAGAGAGGUGAGAGAGAGAAGGGAGGGUGCAGAGGGAGAUGGGCGCGGCAGCGCUGGAGGGGAAUACAGGUCGGAGAGGAAGGGCGCGGCGGCGCUGGAGAGUGCAGAGGGAGAUGGGCGCGGUGGGACGAGGCGCUGGUCGCCGGAGGGAGCAAGGCAGACGGGAAGGGCGUGGAGGCGUGGAGACGGGGAGGGCGUGGGGGAGGCGUGA